CACUGAUUGACCGCUCAAGCCAUGGACCCUCUCCAGAUACCGUCGACGGUCGCGACGACGAUGACGACGAGCGUUCGCAGUCCGUCGCCAGCAAUACCUCGCGCAUGGCCCCCGACGCCCUUGCCCGAGCGUCCUUUUAUCUCUCCUAUCCUGACCCACACCAACGCCCAGUCUCAGCAUCUACCUGCGUCUGCGACGUCGCCUGAGCCUUUGCAUCUUGACCGUGUAUUGAACUUUCAUCAAAGGCUCUCUUUGGCUCUGUCUGAACCUGAUAAUGAUACCAAGAAGCAAGCCUCUUUUACUGUUACUCCAUCCCGCCCAAAUGCAUCGCCCUCUAUGCCCUUAGAUGAUUCGAAUUUGAUGAAAUACAAUCUAAACGAUACUUCACUUUCUGUGGUGGAUAUUUCCGUUGCUACUUCCUGCACUUCACCAAUGACCCCGGAGCGCGUCCUGGACAAAUCGCCGGAUGAAUUAUCACCUUCAUCUCAAAUCAACGACAAUAUGCGCAUAUAUGAAGAGAAAACUCGGAAUCAUGCGCCCAGCUCAGAGCCGGAUAUUUUGUUCGGUGCUAGCAACCCUGAUCAUCCUAGUGCAUCGUUCUCUGGUCAAGAUGCAGCGUCCAACUCAUCUUUUUCGUCAUCUCCUUGCCCGUCACCGACCUCCCCAAGCUCAUCUAUUUUUCCUCCUCGAAGUAGAACCCAAACGAACUCUUCUCAAGCCUCUUAUGACCACCCCAGUUCACUUUCUUGCAUGACGUCCUCUAAAGAAGACUUUGGCGUUGUACGUACACGCGAAGCUUCCCGAUCUUUGUCGCCAAGUCCAUCGGCCCAUGCUUCACGGUACAAUCGAGCGCUAACGAUGCCCUUGCUCCAUACACCAGAGCGUGUCUCACCCUCAGUAGAAGAACUUGCUCCGCCUACUAUACCUAUGCUAAUAGGUCUUUCUCUUCCCGGUACCCCAGACAAUAGUGUGAGCAUAGACGGGAAUCCUUCUUUGAAUGGCUUCCUCGCUUCUCCUCAAUCCGACGUAAAUGAUCCCGAGUGGACUCUUGCAUUGUCUGCAGUAACUCCCACUCCCACGACCUCUGUACAUGACACAUCACCAUCUUUAUCUCUGUCACCAACAUCAUCGUUCAGAGCGCAAUUAAACCUAGAUGCGGCUGAACAUGUCCUUAAUUUUCCUUCACAUAAUCCUUCAUUAGUCGGUGUUUCCGUAGAGCCGUCUCCAGCCAUUGGAAUGUCAGAGAUUGGUUCGCUGGAGACUGGCGCCGCGGAGUACGCUGCAGCCGUCAUGUCCUCUGUGUGGAGCUCCGCCAACCCUUCCCUUGACCCUACUGUCAUCGAGACUACCAGGGUUGUCGUAUCAGACAACAAUAGCCGUGGCAUGCAUGGUGUUGCUUCGGACAGACCUGCUCGUGGAGGGUCCCGCCAAUCAUGGAAUAAAAGGCGAGACAUAUUGCUCAAGUUGAGGAAGUUCGGGGGGAAGGUGAAGCAAUUAUUGAACAGAGGUGCUGGACGUGAAGAUGGUAGGAAUGAAAUUCCUCGACCUCGCAGUGCUCCUUUAAUGAGGACACCCUCACCUUUUGGUAUCCCUACUCUUGAUCUUGGUGAUGACGAAGGAAACCAUCGCAUACAUAGAUCACGUCCUAGUUUGACCCCACAUACCUAUACAUCCGUGAACGCCAGCGCUUCUGGCUCGAGUACACCCCAACUUGCCAUUCACGUCUUACCACCCAGUGUUCCUACCUCCCCGUAUACAAACAACCAUGCUGUGCCAAAAUCCGAAUCAGACGUCGUCGCGAACGCUGAAAUUGCAAAGCAUGCUCGCCCCAAAGCGUCAGCUGAUAUCAAGUUUGGCCACCGAUUUUCUCUCUCUGCUAUCACCCGUCUCACCCGUCCUUCUUCCCCAUCUUCGGCCUCUUCAGUCCUUAUAUCUCCACCCAAACGAAGACGUCAUGUUUCUGCCCUUGCUUUGCCCUCAGUGAGAUCCGACAGUUUUCAGUUUGACACCCAGAAUGUGUCUCUACGGGACGCUACGUGCUCCUCCUGGUUUAGAUGUUCCCUCCAAACGGAGAGUACCCAGUCCUGAACCUGUCGCUGGACCGUCUCGCGUUCAUUUUUCACUUGACGCGGAGACGGCGAAAAAGAAGAGCCAUCGCCGCUUUUCUUUGUCGGCCCUCUCUGCUGGACUGAAAGAAGAGGGUUUGUGGGCUAGACACUAACUAAAUGGGCAUCGAAGGAU